AACAAUGCAGUUCCCGGCCUGGUUCAGUUUGCUGCUUCUCCUUCCUUGUUUUGGUACCACCAAAACCUGCUUCCCCGGCUGCCAUUGCGAAGUGGAAAGCUUUGGUCUCUUUGACAGCUUUAGCUUGACCAAGGUGGACUGCAGCGGAAUAGGCUCACACAUUGUUCCCGUCCCAAUCCCUCUGGAUACCUCCUACUUGGAUCUAUCAUCAAACAAACUGGAAUCAAUCAAUGAAUCAAUGCUUACUGGCCCCGGAUACACCACCUUGGUGAGCCUUGACCUGAGCUACAAUAAAAUUGCCAAGAUAUCCUCCACAACCUUCUCCAGGCUUCGGUACCUGGAGUCCUUGGAUCUGAGUCAUAACUCUCUGGAAGUCCUUCCAGAGGACUGUUUCUCCAGUUCUCCUCUGGGUGACAUAGAUUUGAGCAAUAACAAGCUUUUGGAUAUAGUAAUGGACAUUUUUGCUUCCAAAGGUCAAGGAAAACCCCUGAAUGUGGAUCUAUCCAAUAAUAUGCUCAGCACAAUUACAAGGCACCGUGAAAAGAGCAUCCUCAACAUCCAGAACUUAAAUCUUUCUGGAAACAGACUAAUGUCUGUGCCAAAUCUUCAAGGGAUUCCUCUCCGAUAUUUAAAUCUUGACGGGAACCCUCUAGUCAAGAUUGACAAAGGAGACUUCACAGGGCUGAAAGAUUUGAUUCAUUUAUCCCUCAGUGGCUUGCAUGGCUUUGGAGAGUUAUCUCCUUAUAGCUUCAAGGACCUAGCAGCCCUCCAAGUUCUGGAUUUAUCCAGCAACCCCAACCUGAAGUCACUGACUGCUGAAGUGGUCCUUGGUUUGAACUCCCUACAAGAGCUCAACCUCUCUGGGACAGGUGUGUCAUCCUUGCCAAAGACUGUGCUGAAAUACCUGCCUUCCAUCAAAAGCAUCACCUUGGGGAAGAACAUACAGUGUCUUAAGACCAUCAAAGAAGGACAGUACCACCGACAAGUUGGACUGACCAAAAAAGAGGUCCUCAGUUGCCACGACAGCCACGGGUCCGUAGCAGCAGCGCCUUACGUUUCGUGAUGAAAGCUGGGGAGAAGGGGUGGGGAAGGGAGGGUAUUGGGCCGUGGGAUUUGUACAGGUGUCGGACUGAGAUGGCUUGCAGUGUGCCUUUUGUAAAACUGUCAAUAAUUUAUAUAUUUGUAUAUGCCAAUACUUGAUCGUUUGUGGAUUUUAUAAACUCAAAUCCUGGCCCAAGUCAUCUGCAGGCUCCAGAUUUUGCUCGGUGCAUUGAGGUCCUGCACGCAGCACGUUAGCUCAAGAGCAGUGAUGCUGGACAACAGGGACCAAGCUGCUCUGCAGGUCCCAGAGUGGAAUAGCUGGUCUGUAGGAAACGUCCGUGCCCCAGACACGUCUGUAGGAGCAAAGCUACGUCUCUGCAGAGCACCCACCAAAACGUAC